UCUUCUCGUUACUUCCACAUGCGUUUUCUAUUGCUCUUGGCACUGCUAGGCCAUGUAUCUGGAAACGUGAUAGAUUUGCUCGAUGUUGGAUCUCUUGAGCCACUAGCGGUAAAUUACUGCAAUGACAGUGCCUUAAUGGAGCAAUCAGGAUUAAUCAGAGCCACCAUGGGUCAAUUUCUCGGUUACGAAUGCAGUGGAGAGUUCUACCACUGUAGAUAUCAAAGUGACGGUUUUCGAACCUACAGAAAACUUUGCAAAACUGGGCUUGUUUAUGACGUUCUCGGUACACAAAACUGCAACUACGACUACAACGUUAAGAGCUGUGGUAUUAAAGGAGGAGGUCCCAUCGUCUGUAAUUCGACCUCAUUCCACUGCCCGCUGUCCGAACAGUGCCUCCCUCUUUCGAAGAGAUGCGACGGUCACUACGAUUGUCUUUCAGAAGAAGAUGAGCAGAAUUGUCCUCUCUGCACAGCUGAUCAGUUUGCUUGCGUUGUGUCCGAGCAAUGCAUAGAUAUAAGGCGACGAUGCAAUGGAAUAGCUGAGUGCAGCGAUGGCACCGACGAAACUUACUGCGAAGUUUGCGGCAACGGUUUGUUCCACUGUUCUAAGAGUGGUGAAUGCAUUCCUGCCUAUGAGCGUUGUGAUGGAAAACGCCAAUGUCCCCACGGUGAAGACGAAAUGCUCUGCAAGCCCAGGACAAGCGAGUGUUCACAUGCCAAAGUCGUGAUCAGGAUAUUCCAAUCACUCAGAUGCUCCUUCGUCAAAUCGGAUAAUUAUAAGACACGUCCACUGGCUUCCAUGUCUGUGAUCCUAGAAAUUAAUCAACACUUCUUUCAUUCUUUCUCAUCAAACCUGAAUCCAACCGUUGGGCCAAGUGAAUACGAGGAAUACGAUGAAACUGCACCAGAGGAGGAUGAUAAGCCAUCUUUCCCUCUAUUAUCCAUGGUGGUGCCACCGGUCACCUGUUCAUUCCCAUCCAGGCAAACGAAUUUCAGAGCUCCUUCACAGACACCGCAACCUCCGAGAGCAGCUUCUUCUGCAAACACACCUUGGGCGUCAUCAGGUGCAUUCAGAAAACAGCAACCUCCUGAAGCCGCACCACAGGAGGUAAGUAGCGACAUGCCUUGUGAUGCGAAAGUGAUCCACUUAGAAGUAGUUUCAUUGAGGUGCUGGUAUGAGAGCAAGAGAAUUGAAUGUUGA